CGACCGCUAAACCCACUCUAAUUCUCACCCCCACAUUCGUGGAACUACUCUCCGUCGACCAGCUCCACAGUCGCCGGCGUCGCUCGCUGUCGUCGUCGCCUCAUUUCUGCUCGCGGUCGCCGUCCCGCACUUGACUCUUUUGCAGCAAGACUUUCAGGGCUGCAGUUGCACUCCUUGUCCUUUUCUGGGCCCUUGCCAAAAAAUCAAAUCCAUCUUUCUCCCUUCUUCUCUUUCCCAAGACUUCAUCUAUGCAUUGCAGGUUCUUCAUCCUUUGCUGAUGGUCAUUGGGUUUAUUCUGUUAAGUGGAGAAGAUGGUUGCCUGGUUCUAUGGAAUUGAAAAAAAUAGUGCAUUUAGGGCUUCAAGGUGUGGCUCUAGCUUUGGAAUAUUUGGAAUUCCGACUAAAUUUAAGGAAAAUGAUGGAAUUGUGGCUAAUUUCUACAGCCUUCAUUCAUGAAUUGGGUUUGAUUUGCAUUUCCCUCUUUGGAACACAGUCACUUGACCGUUCCUUGACCGGUUCAAUUCUCCCAAUCUUCGUUAUCACCUUCAAAGCUCGGAGAGGUGAAGGGAAAAGCCACACAUGGCCACCUUCAACACACUCCAACCCCAACGCCUUCUCUCAUUUUCCCUCUCUUCUUUUUCUUCCUCUUCCUCCUUUCCUCUUAGAAACCCCCUCCAACUCACAGCACGUGUUUCUUCACAUCAUCAAACCGGGCCUGGCUACUCUUCGGUCAAAUCUCUAGUUGAAACACCAACCAGAAACUCAGUGAAAGCUGACACUGACACCAGAUUCAAUAGGAGAACACGUGGUUACAGAGACAGAACCGCUUCUUCUUCCUCUACCUUGAGUGAUAGUAGUAGUGGCAGACAAGCGGUUACUGAGAGAUGGCAGAAGAAGGAGAAGGAGAAGGAGAAUCUGGUGAACAUGACGGAGGAGGAGAAGGACAAGAAGAAUAAGAAGAAGAGGAAGAAGAAAGAUGAAGAUUCGGCAGAGUUGAAGUUGCGGGUUGCUCUUGAUAUGUGCUCCAAAAGAGGGGAUGUGAUGGGAGCAUUGUCCUUAUAUGACUCAGCUCUUGCUAAAGGGGUCAAGUUGGGCCAGCACCAUUACACCGUUCUCUUGUAUCUUUGUUCUUCUGCUGCUGUUGGUGUUGUUCGACCCGCUAAAAGUGGAACCGGUUCUCGAACUUUGAAUGCAUUGCUUUCAUCAGCCACUGAAGCUGCCAAUGUUUCAGCAGACUUGAAUUAUGCUUCAGACAGUGAAGUCUUGGUGUCAGCUUUGAAUUCUGCUGAGAAAUCAGCAAACCCUUUUGCAAAAGAUGGUUCUAGCUCUAGCAGACAAGAAGAUCAUGGAAUUAUGGUUAGUGAGGAUGUCAAGAAAUAUGCACUGCAGAGAGGGUUCGAAAUAUAUGAUAGUAUGUGUUUGGAUAAGGUCCAAGUGAAUGAAGCUGCAUUGACAUCUGUGGCUAGAAUGGCCAUGUCCAUGGGAGAUGGUGAUAGGGCUUUUGAGAUGGUGAAGCAGAUGAAGAUCAUGGGGAUAAAUCCUCGGUUACGGUCUUAUGGUCCUGCUCUAUCUACCUAUUGCAGUAAUGGAGAAAUAGAUAAAGCAUUUGAUGUUGAAAAGCACAUGCUUGACCAUGGCGUCUACCCUGAAGAGCCUGAAUUGGAGGCACUCUUAAGGGUAAGCGUACAAGCCGGCAAGGGUGACAAGGUAUACUAUGUGUUGCAUAAACUAAGAAGUAGUGUAAGGAAAGUCUCACCUUCUACUGCAUCUUUGAUUGUUGAUUGGUUUAAGGGUAGGCAGGCUUCUAGAUUAGGGAAAAGAAGAUGGGAUAUAGGAUCAAUAAAGGAAGCAAUGGAAAAUAGUGGUGGAGGUUGGCAUGGACAAGGUUGGUUGGGAAAAGGAAAAUGGGAAGUUUCUCAUACAACAAUUGGAGAUGAUGGAAUGUGUAAAUGCUGUGGAGUGCACUUAGCCACUAUUGAUCUUGAUCCUAUUGAAACUGAGAAUUUUGCUAAGUCAGUGGCAUCCAUUGCUGUGAUGAGGGAGAAAAAGUUGAACUUUCAGAAAUUUCAAGCCUGGCUUGACUACCAUGGACCUUUUGAAGCAGUAGUAGAUGCUGCAAAUGUAGGUCUAUUCCGUCAAAGGAAAUUCAAGCCAUCCAUGGUCAAUGCUGUUGUUAAUGGAAUACGGCAAAAGCUCCCUUCAAGAAAAUUUCCCCUUAUUAUUUUGCAUCAUCGUCGUAUCAAAGGAGAGAAAAUGGGUGAACCAAUCAACAGGGCGCUAAUUGAUAGGUGGAACAAUGCUGAUGCACUCUAUGCAACACCUACAGGAUCAAAUGAUGACUGGUAUUGGUUGUAUGCAGCUAUAAAAUUUAAAUGCUUACUUGUUACAAACGAUGAGAUGAGAGAUCAUCUAUUUCAGCUUCUGGGAAAUGAUUUCUUCCCCAAGUGGAAAGAGAGGCAUCAGGUACGGUUCAGUUUCACUGAUUCUGGUCCGCAGUUUCACAUGCCGCCUCCUUGUUCCGUUGUAAUUCAGGAAUCAGAGCAAGGCCACUGGCAUGUUCCAAUUGAGACAGAAAUUAACUAUGAAUCGGAGAGAAGAUGGUUGUGCAUUACCCGCUCGACCUCAGGCAUGGUUUGUGAAGAUUCUUCAACGGCUACUGGAAAUAACUGAAGGCUUAAUCACUGAGGAUUGUAUCUCGUACAUAUUGUUUCCAUUGUUCCUUUUAGAACUCUAGAGUUUACAAUGUCAUUGGCUAUUGUUGUUUCAAUGAAAUUACUGAUAUCAGUUUACUCAUUACUUAGUUUAAUAACUCUGCAUAUCACUUCAAUGGUGAAUAACAUGAUAUUCUGAUCCUUUAAAUUAGACUCUAAUCAGGGGAAUUUGCAAGAUCAGCUCCUACAACUACAACCGCUUCUAACAAGGAGUUACAAUGCAACAGCAGAAUAUUGGCAAGCGCAAAGAGCUUAAGGAAUCACAAUGUACAAAAAUGUAUAUUUUUUAAGCAUUGUUGUCCUAAUCUACAAACUCGGAUAUUAUCUAAAAUUGCGGCUGCAGGAUAGAUUGCUGGUUGUACCAUUGAUUUUCAUAUAUGAAGUUCAAUUGUCAUUUUUCAAGUAUACUGAACUAUGAACUAGAAAAUUAACUGAGUA